UGUUGUCAGAUAAUUUGAAAAGGGAAGAGGACUAGUUUGAAAUAUUUUGUCUUUCAUAUUGGGGAGCACUAGAUUUAUAAUCCUGAGUGGCAGGGUGUGGGGGUCAAUUUUGCUGCCUAUUUCUUAGAAGUUUGAGCUCCUAAACACUUGCAAAAACAAAAAUGAGCAAUUGGUUGGGCUUUUCUCUUACUCCACAACCUCACUUACAACAACAACAACAACAACAAGUAGAAGAAGUAGAAGAAGCAAAUUCAGCAACGCCGCAUAACGCCACCUCUUUCAUGCCUCUCCACUCCGAUGGCUCCCUUUUCACUUCUCACUCUCUUCAUAAUUUCCCUUUUUCUUCUUCCAACCAUCAAGAGUGGAAGUAUGAAGAUGAUGAGCACCCAAAGCUAGAAGACUUUUUGGGAUGUUGUUACUCAACAACUUCUCAAGAUCAAGAGAACAACAAGAUGAUUAUCAACAUGAAUGCACUUCCACAAGACCAAUUUACCACCUCAAAUUUUCUCCAAAUCCAAACAUGCCCUUAUCCUCCUAAUAACUCUCAAAGAGAAGAAUGUGAAGGUGAAGGUGGAAAUGCUAUUCUCACUGGUGGUUCCUCACAGCAGUCAGUACAACCACUUUCAUGUCACUACUCUUCUUCACCCUUUGAUGAUGGUGCCGCCAUUAGUGAGUUCAAAUCUUGGCUUAGACAAACACAAAGUCAGCCAAUUGUGGGACCCAUUAACACUUCUUUAAGUGGUGGCAACCAAAUCCAAUCACUUUCUCUCUCGGUCAACCCUAUGGUGGGACCCUUGGAUGAGGUGGUUGUGGUUGAUACUAAGAAGAGAGGACAAUCUAAGUCACUUAGUAAUGGUGGUAGAGAACUUGUUCCUAGAAAAUCUCUUGAUACUUUCGGACAAAGAACAUCACAAUAUCGCGGUGUUACCAAGCAUAGGUGGACAGGAAGAUAUGAGGCCCAUUUGUGGGAUAAUAGCUGCAGGAAAGAAGGACAAACAAGGAAAGGAAGGCAAGUUUAUCUCGGUGGCUAUGACAAGGAAGAAAAAGCAGCCAGAGCCUAUGAUUUAGCAGCACUGAAAUACUGGGGCCCAGCUACUCAUAUAAAUUUCCCUAUUACUGAUUAUGAAAAAGAACUCGAAGGGAUGAAGAACAUGAAUAGACAAGAAUUUGUCGCCCAUCUGAGGAGGCAAAGCAGUGGGUUUUCAAGAGGAGCAUCAAUAUACAGAGGAGUAACAAGACAUCAUCAACAUGGAAGGUGGCAAGCUCGAAUUGGAAGGGUAGCAGGCAACAAGGACUUGUACCUUGGCACUUUUAGCACACAAGAGGAAGCAGCAGAGGCUUAUGACAUAGCAGCCAUCAAGUUUAGAGGCACAAGUGCAGUAACCAAUUUCGACAUAAGCAGGUACGAUGUCAAGAGAAUAUGCUCGAGCUCGACUCUCAUCGGAGGCGAUCUAGCAAAGCGAGCAUCACCCAUUAAAGACUCGCCAACGACUCCACCUCCGGCCAUCAAUGCCGGCUCAGAAGAGGAAGAGUACAACAAUGCUUGCUCUCAACCACUUGCUAUCACAAAUGGAAGUGACAAUGCUUCAGAUGACAUGCCUAGUUUAAUGUAUAGUAACAAUAGUCAACCUGGUGUUGGUGAUCGCCUAAGUACGCAUCAUAAUAGUAAUAAUCUGGGAAUUCUACCAAUCUUUGCUUUGUUGGAAUGAAUGAAUUAUAUUAGACUGUAAUGUUGGACAAUUUACUAAAGGUUUAACAUAGGAAUUAAGUUAAGUUGGUGGUGGUAGUUUGUCUAGUAAAGAUAGUAAUUAACAGAAGCUGUCAAUUGUGUAGGAAUUUAAUUGGUGGCCUGGACUUGCGUUUGUGCUUCAUCGGGUACUUGUAGCGUGAUAAUACAUGGAUUGGAUCAUUCUAACA